UAUGGAGUGGUAGCAGAAAUUUUGCUCGUGAUGCAUAUAUCUUGAAAAUUCGUUCAAUACUCGUUAAAUACCCUCCUCGUAAUGCAUUAAUUGAUCGUAUUCGUGAAAACCACAGAAGGAUAGUGAAAUUCGAACCGAAAUAAUCAAAUCACUGUUAAUUCGAUCAUCAUAUUUCGUCCAACCAUCGGAUUUAUUGCUAUUGCUGACGACAUCGAUCUUUCUAUUGUACAAUAAGUGAGAUCCAUCUGGUACUGCAUCAUGUCCAAGAGAGAUGGUGCAGCCAACAAGCGCGGAGCGUACGUAAAGGCUAAUGAUACGACUAACGAUGAGAACGACGAUAUGACCAUCGCUCAGUUGGCUACCUCUAUAUCGGAACAACUCGUGAGCACCAAGAAGGAGAUAACGAAGCAGUUGAACGAUGAAGUGAGCAGCCUGAAAUCAGACAUUAAAACUGAACUGCAGCAAAUGCGCACUGCGUUGGAGAAAUCAGUCACCGAAUUGAGCCGCUCAGUAGACGAAAACAAGCAUAGUAUACGUCGUACUGCUGAGGCUCUUUCGCGUUCUCAACAGCGAAAUGAUCUUGUUAUUAGUAGCGUACCUUUCGUUCAGGGUGAGAAUUUGAUGAAUUACUUCGAAAAGUGGUGGCAAACCGUGGGAUUCAACAAUGCCAUCAUGCCUAAUGUGGAUAUUCGACGUUUGCAUAAAUCUUCUAUGGCUGUGGGAAAAUGCUACAUGAUUCUGGUCCAAUUCGCGAUAACCAAUCAACGGAACGAUUUCUACUUCAAAUAUCUUCAAACGAGAUCGCUGUCAUUGGAUCAAAUUGGAUUCUCAACGAAUGAAAGAAUUUUUGUCAACGAAAACCUCACUGUUCCUGUCAGAGCAAUCAAGAGCAAGGCUUUACUCGCCAAAAGAAAUGGUAAACUGCACUCAGUGACAACGCGAGAGGGAAUUGUCUACAUCAAGAAGCACCCGCAGGAUGAGAGUCGUCGAGUGGACACUGAAGAUGAGCUGCUAGACAUGCUUCAAGAAAAUUAAACCUUUCCUUACUAGCUCUCUCUAUCCUAGUUGAAUCUGUCCUUUCAGAUAUCCUUUGAAUCCAUCCUAAAAGUUAUAGUUCAAAUUAGAUACCUUUCCUCACAAGUGGCCUCUAUCCUUCCAAUCCAUCCAUACAUUCAUCCCAUGUAUCCGUUCCUGAAAGUAAAUACUGAUGUGGUUUCCGACGGGUCACUAAUGCUGUUGCUGUUGUUGCGGGAUCGAGCGGUGGGCGGAUGGUUGCUGGAAAUGCUGUUGCUGUUGAUGCUGCUGUGGGCUGUUAUAUAUUAUCAGUGAUGUGGACAUUGCCUGUGUGUGUGAAACAUGGCUUAAUGAGACAAAAAAUAACGACAUUAUCAAAAUUGAUGGAUACCAUAUAUUAAGAAGCGACAGAAUUGGAAGAAUUGGUGGUGGUUUGCUGAUAUAUUUAAAAAAAACACUAAAAUACAAAUUACUGGAAUCCUCAUUUGUUGAGAUGCAUGGAAAAACUAUAGAAUUUAUUUUUGUGGAACUCUCUAUGUUCAACAAUAAAAUAUUAUUAGGACUAUUCUAUAAUCAUCCAGAUUUAGAUUGUUCUGAUGUUAUCAAUGAAAAAAUAAUACAUUAUGGAACUUGCUAUAACGAUAUUGUCUUAAUCGGUGAUUUUAAUACAAACAUGAUGAAAUCGAACUGUAAGUCCAACAGAUUCAAAGAAGUUCUUUCAUCUCUUUCUCUGCAUAAUAUAGGUCAAGAACCCACAUACUUUCACAGCACAGGUGCAUCGCAACUAGACCUUCUUUUAACUGAUAAACUAGAUAACGUUCUCAGAUUCGGACA